UCGACUUCAGUCUGAGGCUGUUGAUCGCCGCCGGCGGACUUGGUCGCGCAUUACCCGAUUCAAAACCGCUCCAAAACCGAUCUGUCGAUCCGACUACCCAGUUCGAUCCGACUCGCGUUCUGUAUAUUUUUUUGCAGUUGUUAAAUGAUAUAAUUGACGCGUAACGGAUGUAAAGCGAUUCCAACAUGACGGAUAAGGAAAAUGAAAUACAGCCCGCGGCUGAACCCGUGGCCGAGCCUGCGCCUUCUCCAUCGGCGGAGAUCGCUCCUGCGGAUUCCUCGCCGAAGCCUUCGGUUGUAGAAGACUCCACCCCGAUUGCUGUGCCAGUAGAAGAGCCUACCCCGACUGCUGCGCCCGUAGAAGAUGUUACGCCGACGUCUGCGGUCUUCGAGGAAAGCCAACCCGCCGCCGAGAGCAAUGGCAAGGCGCUGGUGGAGGACAGGAAGCUGCCCGUCCCCGCGGAACCCCUGAAGAACGGCAAGGAGCCGGAGCAGAAUGGCAAGGAGCUGCAGGAGGUCAGCGACUUCAAGAACGUAUCCGAGGCCGAGGGCCAGCAGAAGAAACUUCCCUACCCCAAAGCCGUAUUCUUCAUCAUCAGCAACGAGUUCUGCGAGCGCUUCAACUACUACGGAAUGAGAACUGUUUUGGUCCUGUAUCUGAGCCGAGUGCUGGGCUACUCCGACGACACCGCCACCGUGGUCUUCCACAUCUUCACCAUGUUCGUGUACUUCCUGUGCGUCUUCGGCGCCAUCAUUUCGGACUCCUGGCUGGGCAAAUUCAAGACGAUCCUGUACCUGUCAAUGGUGUACAUAUGUGGCUCGGUGCUGCUGACCCUCGGAGCCAUCGGACCACUCAACCUGCCCAUCGAGACGUUCACGAUGCUGGGACUGGCGCUCAUCGCCCUCGGAUCGGGUGGCAUUAAGCCGUGCGUGUCGGCCUUCGGCGGCGAUCAGUUCAAGGUGCCGGAGCAGGUUAAGCAGAUCACCUCGUUCUUCUCGCUCUUCUACUUCUCGAUCAACGCCGGCUCGCUGAUCUCGACCACGGUGACCCCGAUCCUGCGCGAGGAUGUCUCCUGCUUCGACGACAUCAACUGCUAUCCGCUGGCCUUCGGCGUGCCCGCCAUCCUGAUGAUCAUCUCGGUGAUCGUCUUUGUUCUGGGCCGAUCCCUCUACAAGAUGAAGCCGCCGGCGGGCAACAUGGUGGUCCUGGUGAGCAGCACCAUCUGGACGGCCCUGACGACCAAGUGCAAGGAGAAGAAGACCAAUCCGCGGGAGCACUGGCUGGACUACGCCGACGCCAAGUACGACCGCCAGCUGAUCGACGACGUGAAGGUCCUGAUGCGGGUGCUCUUCCUCUACCUGCCGCUCCCCGUCUUCUGGGCACUGUUCGACCAGCAGGGAUCGCGAUGGACCUUCCAGGCCACCCGGAUGGACGGCGACAUGGGCUCGUGGAACAUCAAGCCCGACCAGCUCCAGGUGCUCAAUCCGCUGCUCAUCCUGCUCUUCAUCCCGCUCUACGAUGUGGCAUUCUAUCCCGUUCUGCGGCUCGUCGGCAUCCGCCGUCCGCUGCAGAAGCUCACCAUGGGCGGCAUCCUGGCCGGCAUCGCCUUCAUCAUUUCCGGUGUGGUGGAGCUGAACCUGGAGAAAACCUAUCCCGACCUGCCCUACAGCCAGAACGUCCAGGUGCGCAUCUUCAACCCGGCGAACUGCCCCUACACCUUCACCUCCAACCUGGAGGGUCUGCAAAGCGUGGCGGUGCCCGCGCUGGGUGUGUUCACCAACAAGGAGGUCUACGUGUCCGGCUCCUUUGACCUCCAGUACAGCCUGACCAGCACGGACGCGGCCUGCUCGAUAAACGUCGCCGGGGAGAGGCACACGCUGACGGACAAGACGGCCUGGUCGCUGUUCCUCAAUCCGCAGAACGUCACCACUCACUACUGGGAGGAGGACUUUGUGGACAAGCCGAGCGAGAGCUACCCGCUGGUCCGGAACGUGGCCAACGUGCCGCAGGGCCUGUCGAUCAAGUGGCGCAGUGUCUCCAAGGGCGAGGUGGCCUACGAGGAGUUGGCCAGCCAGACGCUGCUCACCCGCGUGAACUCCGGGGAGUACGAUGUCCUGGUGGGCGACAACUCAAUCGGAACGUUCGAUGUCCACACCGGCGGAGUGUACACGCUCCUGAUCGCCACCGACGCCAGCGGGGAGUAUGUGCCCGAGUUGCUCGUGCUCACGGAGCCCAACUCGAUGAACAUCCUCUGGCUGGUGCCGCAGUACGUGGUGAUGACCCUCGGCGAGGUGAUGUUCUCCGUGACCGGACUGGAGUUCUCCUACGCCCAGGCGCCGCCGAGCAUGAAGAGUGUCCUGCAGGCCUGCUGGCUGCUGACGGUGGCCUUCGGCAACGUCAUCGUGGUCAUCAUCGCCGAGGCGGCUCUGUUCGAGUCGCAGGCCAGCGAGUUCUUCCUCUUCGCCGGCCUCAUGUUCGCCGACAUGCUGCUCUUCAUGGUGAUGGCCUACUACUACGUGCCCAACGACCCCAACAAGGUCGAGGAGGCGCAGCCCCUGACGGGGGGCGACGCCAAGUCCGAGAUCCCGCCGCUCGAGGGUGGGGUCGAGAACAAGGGCAAGGACAUCGACGAGUAGGAUCCCGGAUCCCGGAUCCCGGAUUGAGGAUGUAGGAUGCAGGAUGUCCUGCUCGCUCGUGCGUUGUGUAUUAUAUGUAUUUGUAGAUCUGUUUACGUGAAUCCUUAGUGGCCUCUGUCCAUUCCCAAACUAAGUGUAAGUGAGCUCUGACCGGGCGUUGUUGCAAAUGACAAGACAUCCGUCUGGUUAAUCAAAUAAAAGAAAACUACCGAUAUAA